GAGCGGCUCCAACUCUGUCACGGUCCACGGCGUGUUCUUGCAUGCUGAUCCUGCACACAUGGCCCCGUCCUCGCCAGAUAUAGCCAUUUAUUCUAGAAGAAACUGGGAUCGCUGAAAUUCACUGCAGCACAGGGACUCUGUGUUAGUGUCCAUAGGCGAACAGAGCAAACAGGGGGUCCCAGCAUUCAGGAUGGAUUCUAGCAACAUAUCCAACGCGACGUACGUGAAAGACCUCGGCCCAUGUUACUUUGAUCAGGGCAUUGACAAGUUUAUACAAUACGUGUUGCCCGUCAUCUACUCUUUGCUCUUCUUCUUCGGCCUCUCGCUGAACGCCAUGGUGCUAUUCUUCAUCACGUUCCGCACAAAGCUCUGGACCCCGUCCACCAUCUACAUGCUCAACUUGACCUUGUGCGACAUCCUGUACGUCUCCACGCUGCCCUUCUUCAUCUACAACUGGGUUAACGACUGGCCCUUUGGCGAGGCAGUCUGCAAAAUCUGUAACUUUCUCUUCGAAGCCAAUCACUAUGGCUCCAUUCUUUUCCUGGCUGCCAUCAGCCUGCAUCGCUUCAUUGGUAUCUGCUACCCGGUCCACUCCCUCAGCUGGAACAGCACUCGACGCGCCAAGCUGGUGUCUGUGGGCGUUUGGGCCUGUGUGCUCACUGGUCAGGCACCCGUUCUCUACUUCACCGAUAUAGGGGAUUACGACAAUAGCUCUUAUUGCCAUGUCCUCCCGAACCAGACGCUCUCUGGUGCAUUCCUAGUCUAUGGCUCUGUGAUCUCCGUGGGGAUGUUCGUCCUGCCCUUCAUGCUGGUGAUAGUGUGCUACGGCCUGAUGGUGCGCAAGUUGCUGGAGCCCAGCUGGGGAUCUGAGGAGGGCCAGCAGGGGUUCCGGGCAGCCCACCGCACCAAGCAGAAGUCGGUGAAAAUGAUCAUCAUCGUGCUGAUGACGUUCAUAUUCUGCUUCCUUCCCUACCACCUAGUCGAAUUCUGGAGACGCCUCAUUCUAUAUGAUUCAGAAGAGACUACCUGUAAAAUGUGGGAAGCGUUCAUCAUAGCCCUCCAGGUGACCUGGCUGAUGGCCAGCGCCAACAGCAUCAUGGACCCCAUCCUCUACUUCAUGGCUGGCCAAGACUUCCGUAAAACCAUGAUGAAGAAGAAGCGGAAAAAAUCUGAAAACACGCUUCCAGAAUGUGCAAAUACAGUGUUGACGUGAUAUUUUACCAGAUUUUACCCGAUCUAAAACGCCUCGUCCUAUUUGAAAAUUCCCAGUGACCAAACAUGGGUAGCAAAUCACUGCCAUAAUGUUUUUAAUUGUAAAAGCAGGGUUCCUAGAGGUCCUUAAAUAGUCUUUAAAUGUCGAAAAUCCAAUAAUCUGAAAUACAGGCCUUUUAAAUGUCUUAAAUACAGGUCUUAAAAUUUAAUGGAUUAUGGGACCAAUAACCACUAAUGCAAACUGUGCAACCCAGUUAGAAUUGAUCCGAGCACACCCUGCUAGUGUGUCGCGAUAGCUACUUGUUUCUGUUAACGUUAAUUUCGUCUACUAUGGAUUAAUCCAACUUCAACAAGAUCUGGCUCGAGAACAGUGCUGUACCUUGUGCAAGAAAACGCUCAAAUAAGGAACUUUAGAGGCAUUAGAGUCACAUGUGAAGUCAGAAAAACAUUAAAACCACUGUAAAAUGCCACCGGCAAACGCCUGCCAUCACCCAAUAUUGUUCAGCAUUCACAUCAGGAGCAUCAAAGUCCGGUCUCAGCACGACCCAGACUGCUGAAGUGGAGCUCAAAUCAGAUUAUUGGUCAAAAUCCCACAAACCUACAUUUAGUUUGUAUGUGUCGUAUCUCGUUAUUGUUGUAAAGGUAUGGCUUACAGAGUACUGCAUUAA